GUUUCUUUUAUUCGUAGAGUCAAGUUGAAACCUUUUACCCAAUCAAAACAAUGUAGAAAAUUUGUUCGGAUCACCAAUACAAAAAAGAAACAAAAUGUCAAAAGACGUCGAUAAAUGGAUCGAAAUAGCAAAACAGUGCAAAUACUUGCCAGAAACUGAUCUAAAAUGGCUGUGUGACAUGGUGUGUGAGUUGCUACUGGAGGAAUCAAAUGUGCAGCCUGUAAACACUCCUGUCACAGUGUGUGGGGACAUCCAUGGGCAGUUUUACGACUUAAUGGAGUUAUUUCGCACGGGUGGUCAGAUGCCAGAUACAAACUACAUAUUUAUGGGAGAUUUUGUUGACAGAGGCUACUACAGUUUAGAGACAUUCACCUUAUUACUAACACUCAAAGCAAAGUGGCCAGACAAGAUUGUUCUAUUGAGAGGAAACCAUGAGAGCAGACAGAUUACUCAAAUAUAUGGCUUCUAUGAUGAGUGUCAGACCAAGUAUGGGAACGCCAAUGCAUGGAGGUCGUGUUGUAAGGUGUUUGAUCUACUCACAGUGGCUGCUAUAAUUGAUGAGUGUAUACUGUGUGUGCAUGGGGGCCUAUCUCCAGAGCUGAAGACGAUUGACCAGAUACGGACCAUUGAGAGAGCCCAGGAGAUACCCCAUAAAGGAGCCUUCUGUGAUCUUGUAUGGUCGGACCCUGAGGAAGUGGACACCUGGGCCAUGAGUCCGCGCGGUGCAGGCUGGCUGUUUGGGGCCAAGGUCACCAACGAGUUCGUACAUACAAACGGCCUCAAGUUGAUAUGCAGGGCCCACCAACUGGUACAUGAAGGUUACAAGUACAUGUUUGAUGACAAGUUAGUAACCAUAUGGUCCGCCCCAAACUACUGCUACCGGUGUGGAAACAUCGCAGCCGUCAUCGAGUUUAAGGACGCCACCACCCGAGAGGCCAAACUGUUUAAGGCAGUCCCUGACCAGGAACGUGUAGUGCCAGAUAGAAACACCACUCCAUACUUCCUUUGAGACUGAACUGUGAUGGCAAUUAUUGUUAACUAGAAAUAACUGAUUUUGAUUAAUUAUUUUUUUCAUUAUUGCAGUCAGUAGAAUCACCUUUUCCCACUUCCUUUUAGACUGACUUGCUCUUGACCUGUAUUUGCAACAAAAUUAUUAGACUUGAGUCUAAGGAUGAAGUACACAUGUAUAGUAUUUAAAUGGGAGUAUUAAAUAAUUGCUUUAAAAUUGAGUAAAACCUGGCAUAAACUGCCUCUUUCUACAUCAUUUUUCAUGUUUAACAUUUUGACAUCACCAUUGGGAGCCUGUGGGUAUUCAAUCACUGGACAUAUUUUCCUUUGUUUUAUUAGCUCGGCUUUUUUCGGAGAAAACCUGAGGUUUUGUAAUAGCCAGCUCGUCCGCCGUCUGCCGUCCACGUUGUGCUAAAACCUUAACAUUGGCUCUCAAGUCAAAGUGCUUCCACCAACAACUUUGAAACUUAAUAUGUAGAUGCACCUUGAUGAGUUCUACACGCCACACCCAUUUUUGGGUCACUAUGCCAAAGGUCAAGGUCACUGUGACCUCUAAAAAAAAAAAUUCUGAUAAGCUUUCAUUAUUCAAAACUGCAUCCGCAGCCAAGCGUUGGCACCCGUUAUGGGGUGCUCUUGUUUAUUUUUGUGUUUAGGUCUUAGUAUGGGUUGGUGAAUACAGAACCAGGAAAUUACUGGCAAUGGUUCAAAGAUAUAAUUGCAUUGUAAUUAUUGCUUUUUUGCGCCAAACAUCUGUACCAGGGUUUCUCUUUGCGUAAAACAUUUCUUUCGUAACGUUGGAUAUGCCCUUGAUAAAUUGGCCUGAUUUUUAAACUUUAUUUACAACAUAGAUUUUUAUUUGUAUGCAGAAAAGCUUUCAGCAACUGGAAUUCCUUAAAGCCAAACAAUCAUUAAUUUGUGUGGUUAUUGAAGCCUUUAAAGUGAGUGGUAUCGGGUAUGCACGCAGCAGGAGGUCUAUGUAUGUUUUGUGUACAGACAUUUUAAAAUGUAUAGAAGUACAUUUACUGAACAUGACAACUGUCGCCUUUUCAUUAGUAACAAAAUUUGAAUGCAUGUGUAAAAGCUAAUAAGGAAUCAAACAACAUUUGCCUGAGUCAGUCAGUACAUAGUCCUGACACUAAAAUAAAAGUAAAUGUAAGUGCAUAUAUACACUUUUUGUUUGAAUCAAAUGGUCUUUGGCCAGGUUUGCGAACCAACUUACAAAAUAUGUUGGUAUACAUGAAAUGCUAUAUCAUUUCCCCAUUGUCAUUUGCAAUAGUUGUGUUGAGUGCAUUGUAAUUAUAUUUCAAUAUAAGUGUUUGACCAAACUCCCAUAUAAGUGUUUGACCAAAUUCCGGUAAUACUCGUUGGCAUUGCUUUGUUUGCAUGUAAAAUUGUACAACUGGAUAUGUUCAUAAAGUCUAUUUGUUAGAUACAUGAUGUUUCCACUCUGGUUUUAUCAAUUGAAAUACUAAACAUGAUCAAAUAUUGUAGAGACAUUGUUUUACCUCGUAAUAAAUAUAUACAUAAAUUACAAAAAAAUA